AUGAAGCAACAAGUUCCAAGCAGCAACGGCCAUGGCAGCAGCAUCCAUUCCACGUCUCAGGCAGCUGUGCCGCAAACUCGGUCUCGGGCAUCAAGAGCACCACCACCCAAAGUCAAGCAACCUCCUGCUACUCCAGGCCCAGGGGUGAAGGCCAGACCAAGACCGGCCGCAGCCGCCACCACCAUGGCAGCAACGAGGAGGCAGGCUGCUGUGUCUAUGCCUAUGCCCGUGAGGAGGGUCAUGAUGAGCACCACGGAGUCGGAGACAGUAGAGGACGAGGUGGUGCGGCUGCGCGGGGAGGUGGAUGCCUUGCGGAGGGAAGUGCAGCGCCUGCUCCGCCUCAACGCAGACCUUCAGCACCAACAGCAUGAUGCUGCAACCAACAACAGACCACAACCUUCCAGCAAGAUUUCGAUUUCCGGAGGCGUCGUCGUUGCAGCGCCACCGCCGCCCCCACCGCCACCGCCACCGCCACCGCCUCCGCCGCCACUGCCGCGGCACCAAAACCAGCGAGUCCCUUCAGCUCCGGUGAGCAAGGCCACUGCGCUGGUUGACAUGUACAACUCGCUGCAGACCGGCAACAAGAAGGCGUCAAAGCACACAGACCAAAGCAGAAGCCAUCAUCACCAUAGCAGCAUUGUCGACGAGCUGCAGAACCGCUCCAGGCACCUGCUAGCGAUCAAAGCGGAUGUGGAAACAAAAGCAGAGUUCAUCAACCAUCUCAUCAACAAGAUCCACACUAGUACUUACACUGGUGUGGAACAAGUAGUCACCUUUGUGGACUGGCUGGACCAACAACUUUCUACUCUGUCUGAUGAGACAGCCGUCUUGAGGCACUUCAACUGGCCUGAGAGGAAAGCUGAUGCACUUCGUGAAGCGGCAUCUGAAUACCGACACCUCAAGUGUCUUCUAACAGAGAUCUCUUCCUUGAGAGACGGAGACGAUGGUGGUAGUGGUAGUGAGGCGACAGCCACUCUCAGGAAGAUUUCAAGCUUGCUAGACAAAUUGGAGAAGAGCAUGGGCAGAUUGGUGAAUCUAAGGAGAUCGGUGAUGUCGUCCUACAAAGAGUUGAGGAUUCCGACUGACUGGAUGCUUGAUUCAGGGAUGGCCUCAAAGAUGAGAUUGGCAUCGGUGUGUCUGGCGAAAAUGUAUACCAAGACAGUCCUUAAGGAACUGGACUGCAGGGAUACAGCUGGGACUGGGAACGAGGCUGCUCUGGUUGCUCAAAGUGUGCGCUUCACCUACAGGGUCCACCAGUUUGCUGGGGGACUUGACUGCGAAGCAAUGCAUGCCUUUGAAGAGCUAAGAAGGCGGGUUCAGCUGGUCUCUACAUGA